UCAUUGACGCACUUGACAUUAAAGUAAAGUAACGUGUGUUAUAUGUUGUCACAUAUUGAAGUAACAAUUAUACAAGGAAUAAGCGAAAAGACAUUGGGUAAUUGUAACGUGGAUGUGCAUUUUCUGUUACAGAGAUAUGGGAAUGAACGAUGACUCUCAAACACAGGGACUCGUUUCGGGGCUCAUUAUGUCCGCAUUGUCCUUGGGACAUUUCAUCGGCCCAGUGAUUGGAGGAGUGUUAACAGACUAUUUUGGAUUUGCUUGGGCAACGACAUCAGGCUCUUUUUUCUGUUUCAUGACACUUCUUGUAAUCACAGUGUAUCUCUGCAUCCUACAUAGAAAUAAACCCAGUUGUAUUCUUGGAUCAGAAGAUUACCAACAACUAGACAAGAUGGAGAAUUCCAAAAGAGCUACUGGUAUCACUGCAGACACUGAAAGUAAACGCCUCAUCAAACAAGGAACCAACUAGAGACAUGGAAGUGUUACAAAUCGAUGUUUAUUCCUGCCCCUACAUGUUUUUAAUACUGACCAAUUAGUUACCUAUGAGAACCGGUAUUUGUCUGACCUUAGUGUGUUGAGUUUAAUCAGAACCGAUAUGUUAGUUGCUACAGUCCCACAAACUCAGUUUGUACAAUUGGCUCUGCUAGGGGAUAACAAAACUAGUGACUGGACUGUUGGACUCAAAUUUGUAGUCAUCACAGCGGUCCAACUUGUUCCGUUGCUGCACUUUUAGGAACUGACGGGACAAUUUGUUUGACAUCAUCAAAUCUGCCCCCUUCUGGUUGCGCUAGCCCGAUAUAUAACGACUGAUGAGUCAAGUGGAUCAGCCUCCGAACCAAGCAAGUCAUCUUUCGAACCAAGCGUGAAUCAGACAUAACAUUUAUUCCCUGACAGGGAUUAUACAUAUUUCCUUAUUUGAUAUAUAUAUAUAGGUAUAACAAAGUCGUUGUAUUUAAA